AUGCGCAUAACCAUUAAUUUCCAUUUUCCCUUCCCCACAACACAAUAAAAACAAUUGCUUGCUUCCCUCAUUUGCACAUACGCCCUCUCUCUGUAUAUGUCAUGUUUAUAGAUAACCCUGCGGCCUCGGCUCACGAUUCUGUUUGCUGAGUGAGCAAACAAAGAAAACGCUGAUAAGAUGGCGGACUCUGUGGAUCGAGUGUUUGUCCACGCGCUGAACACCGUGAAGAAGAUUCCCAAGACCGGCGCCUCUCGCCCGCCUCCUGCGGACCGUCUGCGACUUUAUGGCCUCUACAAGCAAGCGAUGGAGGGGGAUGUAGAUGGGGUUAUGGAGCGGCCGGGAAGUGUGGGGGAAGGUGAGCAUGAGCCGGAAGAUGUAAAGAAGGAUAGAGAUAAAUAUGAUGCCUGGGAUGCGCAACGGGGGAUUAGUAGGACGGAGGCGAAGAGGAGGUAUAUCGAGGCUUUGAUUGAGACGAUGCACAAGUAUGCCAGUACUACUGCAGAUGCAAGAGCAUUAGUAGAUGAACUGGAAUUCGUCUGGGACCAAAUUAAAAACAACAGCGCCUCAUCCUCUGGCUCCUCUCCUGGCCGUCACGGCGUCCCUUCCUAUACCACGAACACACAACCCCGCCAAUUCCAACCUCCCCUGUCCGGAAACGAUGGUCCCAUGCGAGUCCUCAGUCCAAUGUCCCAAGACGACGAAGCGGAGCAGGAAUCGGAGCGCCGAUUAGAUGUAUAUGACGAAUACGACGACGAUGAAUAUAACGAAGAUGGAAAGAAAGACAAGAAGACCAAAAGAUGGCGGAGAACGGUAGAGCAGGCGUUGGUCAAGAUGACAGCUGAGAUUGCAGCGCUUAGAGAGCAGAUUGCUACCGGGAGAGAAUACCAGGGGAAGAAGAGGAGGAGUUUUGGGAGGUGGGUGGCGUGGUUUAUAUGGAUUGUCGCGAGGCACUUUCUGGUGGAUAUGGUGGUGCUGGGCAUUGUCUUGUUGUGGUUGAGGAAGAGGAAGGACAGGAGGAUUGAAGAUUUGGUGAGAGAGGGAUUGAAGAUUGGCAGGGAGUAUGUGAGGAAGAUACUACCUCCAAGAUGAACGACCUCACGACAUCUUAGACGAGACACUCGUGGCAAUUGAUCAAUGCCUGAUUACGAUGUCUGCCAGGAAACCGAAUAUUCGACAACUUCACCAUGCGGUCAAUGUCCGACAGCAGAU